AUGUCUGGCCAACUCAAGACCGAGUUCCGCGACAUGCAGCCUGAUGUCCCGCUUCCUGAGGUUGCUGAAAAGCUCGAGAGGCCCGCUCAGCCGCACCGCAGCAGGGCGAUACUGAGGCCCGCUCCGCUUUCGCUAGAGGGUACGGGCUUCGAAGAACACCCUCGAAUUGGCCCCUUCCCCCCAACUCCGCAGCACCCGACCGUACGCAAGCGCAAAACCCCACCGACGUUCAUUGAGAGCCAAAAGCCCUACCACCAGCAGAAGAAGCAGCUCGCUAUCGAGCAGCGCUCUCCCAUCACUCCGUCGUCCAAGCGGGUUGGUGUCAGCAAGCGUACCCGGCUCGAUGAUCUCGAGAUCACCAUGAAUGAUCAAGGCGCGAGUAACGCGGACGAGAUCCCUUUCUCAUUCAUGGAGCUACCGGGCGAGAUUCGCAACAUGAUCUAUGCUUACUGCAUCGACAUGUCUACGAGACAAGCGCUCGUCGUCCAUUUGCCCAAGACGGGUACGCUUCGCUCAAGCACUCGCAAGGCCCGCUCCGCCCCGGGUAUGUAUCGCGAGCCAGCUGACCCAGACAAGAGGAGGAUGGCAGAGCAAGGUUCGGUCGAGGAGGCCCCACCCAAGGAGCUUGUCCCGAAGGAGUCCAACCGUCCGUUCGUGGGGCUGACCCAGGUCUGCCAGCAGAUUCGCAAGGAGUUCUACGCCUCCUACAUCGCUAUGCAGGAGAUUGGCAUGGACCUGACCAAUACUUCCAAGUACGUGGAGACGUUCUUCAACCCGAACGUUCCCUUCUCCUACGCGGACUCUCCCGACCAGACCAUCAAGAACAUGCCCUUCCGCGGCAACAUCACCAUUGCGGUAGCAGAAAAGAUUCUGCCUAUCGAGAAGACGAUCGGUUGGAUCGAUGUGCUCCCGCUUUUGACUACGUGGGCCAACUCUGCUCACAUCGAGGCCGGCUUUGGUCGUUACUCUCGAAAGGAGUACCGUCCUGAGUCAGAUGGCGAGGCCAAGGAUAUGUACCGUCUCUAUGGCCGCAAGGUACUCAUGGAUCGCACUUGCACGGAGAUGAACAAGAUGUGGCGCGUCGUCCUACGCAAUCGCCACCUGGCCGCUGUCCGCAUCCAUCGCCAGGCGGGCACAUACCCCAAGCCAUACUUUCAUCUGAUCUGGAAAUACGAGCACCGCGAGCCGUGGAUGAUGGGAAAGCACUCCCCUAUCCCCGGCAUCGCGAAUGUUCGCGCUACGCCUGGUAGCUGGCUGUGGGCCCUGGGCUUCGAUCGCAUGGAGCACUUUGACGUCCGGGUCGGUGUCGAGGAGCAUCCCGGCGAGUUCCUCUUCUCCAGCUAG